AUGGAUUCCGUACAGUCUCUCGUCUCCUCAAAGUCUUCGGACUCGGGCCUCCACAUCCAGCUUCACCCACUGGUGCUUCUCACCAUCUCCGACCACAUCACCCGCCAUGCAGCACGACAACAGCAGGGUCCAAUCAUUGGGGCUCUGCUUGGCCAACAGAAUGGCCGAGAGAUAACCUUGGAGCAUGGAUUUGAAUGCCCCGUGACUGCGGGAGAGAAUGGAGAAGUCCUGCUACCCUCAGCAUGGUUUGAAGAGCGACUGAAGCAAUUCAAAGAUGUUCACAAAGAUCCCGCUCUCGACCUUGUUGGAUGGUGGUCAACUGCGCCUCCAUCCGGCCCCGAUACCUCCCAUCUCCCUCUUCACAAACAGAUCCUCCAAGAUCACAACGAGUCAGCCGUCUUCCUCGCAUUCCACCCCUCACAGGUCCAAUCAAGGGCACACGGCGCCAAGCUACCAUUGACAAUCUACGAGACUGUGCUUGAAGGCGAAAAUGCCGGCGAUGCGACAAAGGACAUGCAAAUCGAUGGCGAGGAGCUAACGCUCAACAUCCGGUUCCGCGAGCUACCAUAUUCCGUGGAGACCGAAGAGGCCGAAAUGAUCGGCAUCGAUACCAUUGCUCAAGCUGCCGGGACUGCUUCGCGGAGCGAGAUUCCAAGUCAGAGUGCCAGCGCGGCUACGGGCCAGAAAUCAGCGGACAGGGAACAAAAGAGCUCACAGGCUGAGCUAACACAAGAGGAAGAAGAGCUGAUCGCAAACCUAAACACCCGCGUCAACGCCGUUCGCACUCUCGAAUCCCGCAUCUCCCUCAUCAAAUCCUACGUCUCCAGCGUCUCCGCAUUAGAAUCAUCAGAAGCGGCCAAAGACGAUCCAAGCAGCCCAAAGCUAUCCCACCCUAUUCUCCGCAACAUCAACUCCCUAACCUCACACCUCUCUAUCCUCUCCCCUCACGAACAAAGCUCCUUCUCGACCGAAGUACUGUCUCAAAGCAACGAUGUCAUGCUAGUCUCCCUGCUCGGUCAACUGGGAGAAAGUGUCAAGGCCAUGCGCGAACUUGGUCGCAAGUCGGCUAUUGUGCAGUCUGCGCGCCAUGCCGCAAAUCCCCGCAAGCCUGGUCUUGCGGCAAGAACCUUUGAGGAAGAGCUCUAUGCUCACACCCUUCCCGAUGGUGGAGAAACGGGAGGGAUGUAUUCCUAA